ACGAUGUUCUUAGGGAGCAUAAUGUAAAAUGGCGGAAGACGUAGUAGAAAGCAAGAUGGAUAUGCAAAUGAAAGAAGAAAAAAAAUCAACUGAUACUAUUUCAAGUGGCAGUGGUGAUAGUCAGAAUGCCAAAAUGGAUACCAGUACAAAGGAGGAGAGUACAACAACCUCACAAACUAUCAGUAACAACAGUGCAACAACAACAACUGCAGCAUCAGUUGUGAGUGAGGAAUCAGAACAAUCAGAGCAAGCUAACAAAAUGACUUCUGAGUCUGCCAACAAGCAGGGCACUGUGUCCACACCCUCCACACAAAGUGCCACACCUAAAGAAACUGUAGAUUUUAAAAUUGUUUAUAAUAAGAGAAAAUAUGAUAUUACAUUUGAAUUGGAUAAUACUGUAGCUAAUUUAAAACAACAUAUCCAGACAUUGACAGCUGUUCCACCUGCAAUGCAGAAAGUUAUGUUUAAAGGUUUGAUGAAAGAUGACAAAACACUAAGAGAUUCCAAAGUGAUAAAAGGUGCUAAAGUGAUGGUGGUUGGAUCCACACUUACUGAUGUUAUCGCUGUCAAUACACCAGCUGCAGAAGCUGCUAAAGAAGAGAAGACAGAAACAGAACCCACCAAAGAACCUCUUAGCAAACAGAAACCACAUCUAAAAAUUAUUGAAAAGGGAAAACCUGAUGAUGCACUUCCUGGACUCAAAGGAGUUAAGGAAAGGCUACCUUCUGUUCCAUUGUCAGGAAUGGUCAAUAAAAGUGGUGGAAAGGUUCGGCUAACAUUUAAAUUAGAACAAGAUCAACUCUGGUUAGGCACAAAAG